CAUGCGCGCAGGGCGGAGCGCUGGGCAGCCGGGGCGCUCGGCGGCGUCGGCGCCAUCAUGUCGAUGGAGGAUCCGUUCUUCGUGGUGAAGGGGGAAGUGCAGAAAGCUGUGAACACUGCCCAGGGGCUCUUCCAGAGGUGGACAGAGCUCUUGCAGGAUCCCUCCAUUGCCACAAGAGAAGAAAUCGACUGGACCACUAAUGAGCUCAGGAACAAUCUGCGGAGCAUCGAGUGGGACCUGGAAGACUUGGAUGAAACAAUUAGCAUUGUUGAGGCAAACCCUCGGAAGUUCAACCUGGAUGCCACGGAGCUGGGUAUCAGAAAAUCCUUCAUCACCAGCACGCGGCAGGUGGUCAGGGAAAUGAAGGAUCAGAUGUCAAAUUCCUCCAUGCAAGCACUGGCUGAAAGAAAAAACAGGCAGGCACUCCUGGGUGAAAGCAGCAGUCAGAACUGGAGCUCUGGACCUGACAAAUACAGCCGUUUGGACCGGGAGCUGCAAUUAGCAAAUUCACACUUCAUUGAGGAGCAGCAAGCUCAACAACAGUUGAUUGUGGAGCAGCAAGAUGAGCAGUUGGAGCUGGUCUCUGGCAGCAUCGGGGUGCUGAAGAACAUGUCCCAGCGCAUCGGUGGGGAGCUGGAGGAGCAGGCAGUGAUGCUGGAUGACUUCUCCCACGAGUUGGACAGCACUCACUCCCGGCUCGAUAACGUCAUGAAGAAGCUCGCUAAAGUGUCUCACAUGACGAGCGAUCGGCGGCAGUGGUGUGCAAUCAUCAUCCUCUUUGUCAUCUUGCUGGUGGUGCUGGUCCUGUUUCUUGUCCUGUGAUGGACUGAACUUCCUUGGACGCCUCCUCUCCUUUCCCCUGCCCCCGCAGCAUGGGGAAAUGAAACUCUUUCCGUCCCCCUGUCAAGAAGACCCGUGCCCAGCUCUCACUGUUCUCUGAGGACCAAGGCCUGGCUCCAUCAAUGUCUCCCCCAGCCCUGGUGAGGGCGGACAGAGGACAGGAGCAGUUAUGGCUCCCCAACACUAUCCCUAGGAGGAACUGUACCCCUCACAGGUAUGAGCCGGCCGCAGCAGUUCCAAGCGCCCUGUGUGGACACAGAGCAGGGAGCCUUGGCAGGGUCCCAGGGGUGGAAUUAUUUCACUGAGCAUUACAAACUGCAUCGCCAGCCAGAAGCAUUACUGGGAGGAGCGGUGGCCUGGGACCCCACAGCAACACUCACUCAAAGCAAAGGAGGGCAGCCCCAGCCAGCCCCACACCUUCCAGUUAGCACCAGAAUCCUGCAGCAUUCACUUCCAGGACCCCAAGCAGGAGCUGCAGGUAGGUGAGCUGCAGGUGUGACGUCCUGCCAUCCAUGGACACUCAGGGCUGGGGCUGGUUUCAUAUGGCUCAACUCACCUCCUGUUACACAAGCAGCUCCAGCUCGUUGACUGAUGCUUUUUUUCCCCUCGUAUAACCAAGCUUCUGUUGACCAGCUGCUUCCCUUUGGCAAAGUGGUUUGUCAGCUCUGAAAUAACUUAUUAUUUUAUUAUUAUUUCUUUUUUUUAAGGAAAAGUUCUUGUAGUGAUUUUUGAUGCCCAUUGGAGCCGCAUCCAUUCAGUGGCUGCAGGAUGCGCUAUCAGAGCAGCGGGCCCUCACCGCCUAUUUUAAGUGCACACAACCUUGUAAAUAGGAUGCCUUCAUUUUCCCCACCUGCUAUUUUGGUUUCUUGGAUACUUCUGUUGUAAGCAGUUGGGGCGGUUGGUUACAGGAGGAUGGGGAUGAUGCUUCAGGAAAGGAAAGCUUUUGUAGUGAAGGUUGCUCCUAGUUGGGGGAGAGCACCAAAAGAAGGGAUGCAGACUGAUCGGCGCCUUCCAUCUGGGGCUCAGAUGGGGCUGAAACUGCAAACCAGGAACCACAUGGCUCAGAUAGGAAAUGUGGCGCCUACAGAGCACUGCAGCCCAGGACACGCAGCCCUGGGAGGUCGCUGGCUCUGUUUGGUCCUGCUCUAUCCCCCUGUUGGGCCCUUGCACCAGGAGCUGCUGGCUCUGUGCCUUUCGCAGCCAGGCUCGGGAUGGGGGAAGACCCCAACGAACGCACACGUGCCCUGAAUGCCAACCUGCACAAAUGAUGGUGGCGGUUACCGUGUCAUUGCACAACGCCUUGUCCCUUUUGGUUAUGCUGUAAGAAAUACGUACUGUCUGUUUCCCAAGGCAGCCCAUGGCAGCAGCUCUGUGCCCCAUAGCUCUCACUGUGGGCAUGUUGUCCAGUUCACACUCCAUACCAGGGUGCUCCGUGCCUGCCCAGGGGUUGCUGCUACCCAGCUGUCUUUGCUCCUUUCCCUUUGUACGUCUGCUUUUCUGUUGGUGCUGUUGGCCCUCCCUUUAAUCCUAAAUAAAGGCAUUACUGCUGCCAUUGUACAGA